UGUAUUUGGCAGAAUGGAGACACGGACACACUGGCGUAUGAAGUGUUGGUGGUUUGUUUUCGGGAAAUCUGUCAAAAUUCCGUUUUUUUUUUUGAAUGAACGGCCGGUAUAAUUUUCAUAGUCUAAAAACGUAGUCACUGCACACGCCACUUAUUCACACGAGCGUUUCGUGCAUGCUGCUAUGUGCGCUGUGUUGUGUUGUGUUGUGGCUUUGCACGGCACAAUCCACAGCCAGAUUGACAGAAAAAGUGAAAAUAUUCGUUGUUGUUUUUUUUCUUCUUCUCGUACGUUGUGGUUGUUGUUGUUUGGUUUCGUUAAACACAAACAAAUGCCGUGGUCUUCGGUUGCAUGAUUCCAAUACAUUAACGAUCAUAAAGGUAGAAAUAAGAAAGAGAAACCAAAUUAUCGCAUUAAUUACAUUUACCAUUGUAAGAGCGAGCGGUGUGUGUGUGUGUGUGUUGUGCAUCGCGGGAGUGAGAAGGGGAGUCUGUCUCUCAUUAGAGUUUUGGCCACGAGUUAUUUGUUUGGUUUGUGUUCUCUUUUUGAUUCAUUACACAUGCACGCACUGAUUUUGAACAGAAGCAAGAGAGACACGAGAAGAAAGACGAACAACGUAAUCCGAACGAAACACACCAGUAAACUCAAUCAGUGCUCUUUAAAAGAAACAACAAAUAAAAAUUAUGGUAGGGAUAUUGGAUGGCUAUUGUAGUUUGGUAUUUGUUGAAAUGGUAACCGCAUUUUGAAAGCGGCGAAUAACAUUUUUUUUUGAGUAUUCAGCAAAGAAAAAUUCAGUUCCGAAACAAUACAAAUAAAAAAAACCAAUCUCCAAACGAACAAUUAAACGAUUUCUGUUACAGUUGAAGUUUUAUUAUUGUUGUUUGUUAGUGUCAAAUUUCGAUUGCAGUUUGAAGUUGAGAAAGAAAGAAGAAAACGACGACGAACGAACGAACGGAAUAGCAGCAGCAGCAAGUAGCUCUCAACAGAUUUGGAGAAAGUGGAUCGACUUGUUGGCUACAUUUACGAAUAUCAUAAUUCAAAAAUUGAUAUCCAAAGAAAAUUGGAGCACAAGCAUCUUUAUUAUUUGUUGUUCGUACAAAUAAAAAAAAAUUCAUAACUUUCUAUUGAGUUCGUCGGUUUUGUAUGUUUCGGAUAAACAAUGUGUAAAAGUCUAUUAAGCGGUUAAACUAUAUUUGUUUAGAUUUUUUUGUUCAAAAUUUUUAUGCUGAUGUUGUUGUGGUGUCCAGUUCAGUCUUCAUGUUGAGAUUUUGAAUUAAGAGAGGCCAUAAAAACACCGACCGAAAUCGACACGAUGAUUAGAACAAAAGUUCAAAGCGUGACUGCGACAAGCAACGGCAUUGAGCGGCAGCAGCAGCAGCAGCAGCAGCAGAACAAAAAGAAGGAGCAGGAAGGCAGCGACGAUAAGACACACAAAAGCGUUUACAUUAUAUUCUUAUCACUUUUAUUGGAUUUGCUGGCGUUUACCAUAAUAUUGCCGCUGUUACCAACGAUUCUGGAACGAUAUCGAAAUGACGAUAGCAGCGGACUAUACGUUCGAUUAUCCUCACAAAUCCGCUAUUUUCAAGUGUUGGUCGGUGCACCAGACAAAUACAGUUCAGUGCUAUUUGGCGGCUUCCUUGGUUCCAUGUUUAGCUUCUUACAAUUUGUCGUAAGCCCCAUCAUGGGAGCACUUUCCGAUUGCUAUGGCCGAAAGCCAAUUUUGCUCAUUAGUUUAGUUGGAAUCUCAUGUUCGUAUGUGCUGUGGGCACUAUCGUCAAAUUUUUUCAUAUUCGUGCUGGCGCGAUUUGUUGGCGGCCUGAGCAAGGGCAACAUUUCACUGAGUAUGGCCAUCAUCACCGAUGUGUCGAAUGUGAAAAAUCGCGGAAAAGCCAUGGCUUUGGUGGGCAUUGCAUUCUCCAUUGGAUUCAUUAUUGGCCCAACCAUUGGCGCCCUAUUCUCAAUAUUCACCGACAAAACUUCGAGCAUGUGGUUCUGGUAUCCAGCUACGUUCGCCUUCUUACUCAGCUUAGCCGACGUUCUCUUUGUCUAUCGAUUUUUCAAUGAAAGUUUGCCACAGGAGAAACGAGCAAAACAAGUGAUUGGAUCGGUUCGACAAGCACUCGAUCAUAUCAGCGUUCGUGCCAUAUUCAAUUUCGUUGCCGUUAAAAAUCUUACAAAGAACGAAUUGUACUGUUUGAAACGGAUUGGCCUAAUUUACUUUAUCUACUUGUUUAUCUAUUCGGGCUUGGAGUUCACAAUCACUUUCCUCAUGUACCAUAAGCUGGGCUAUACCUCGGUUGAUCAGGCCAAAAUGUUUGUCACCACUGGCGUUGUGAUGGCCAUUUUGCAAGGGUCAGUUGUGCGACGGCUACCACCGCACUAUGUCAAACCAUCGGCCGUUUUUGGCUUGUACUUAAUCAUUCCGGCAUUCAUUUUGGUUGGCCUAGCCAACGAUAGCAAACUUUUGUACGCUGGCAUGAUUCUGUUUGCCAUAUCAACGGCAUUCGUGGUGACGUGCAUGACAACACUCAUUUCUGAGUAUGGAAAACACGAUCAGAAGGGAAUCGUGCUUGGCAUAUUCCGAUCAAUUGGUGCCCUGGCUAGAGCUGUCGGACCAAUUUUUGCCUCGAUCGCAUUCUGGGGAAUCGGUGCAUCGUCAACGUACAUCAUCGGCGGCCUUCUCUUAUUCAUACCUACAUUCCAAUUGCAACUUUUAAAGUUAACUAAAUCAGAAUAAGUUUUAUUUAUAUGCGAUAUCUUAUAUCAAUGUGUUAAAUUCGGAAAUUAUGAAGAUCUUUUCUCUUAGAUGUAAUGUUCAAUUUUCAAAAGCAACAUCAAAAACAAAAAUUAGCUUAAUUCUCCAAUACGUAUGAGAGUGAUCCGAAAUUUGUAUUUAAAAUGAUCAGAGAUUUGAUUAGUGCCUUUCGUAUUCAAGGCCAUUGGCUCAAAAUAAGUAAGAUCAUAGAGAACAAAAAUUGUUAUUUUACAACGGAAUUUAAUUGAAAAUGGCUUUGAUAUUGUGCCUUAAGCGUAUUUCAAAAUACCCAACGAAGAUUAUUUUGCCACUUGGCCAAGCAUUUUUUUUAGAAAAUAAAAAAAACACCCUUUUACACAAUCUGUAUUUUGUACAUCACAUUUUUUGUAUUACAAUAAAGCAAGAGGAUUAUAUAUCCCAAUGGCCCGAAA